UAGGAAUAGCUGAACACUUCCGGUAUAUUAAAGAUGGCCGACCGGGACGAUUCUUCUGUUGUAAAAAUGGAAGACUCAAAGACUCCUGUUUGUAGUUUUAUGUUUAAGAAAAGCGCAAAGAAAUUUAGUGGGCGAAAAAGAAGAGAAGAAGAACGAGAAAGUAGCGAAGACGAACAGGGCAGUGGAACUGUCUUCCGAAAAAAGAAGAGGGAGAUCAGCAACCCCAUGAUACAGAAGACCAAACGCUCUGCAAAGGAUGAUUCUGAUCUCAAAAAGAGCAGCAGUGAGGAAGACGAGGAGGCAGUUAAGGCCAUCACUGUGUCAUACAAAUCCACCCGAUCUGCGAAACCUGUGGGGCCUGAUGACAUGGGAGCCACCGCCACAUAUGAGUUGGAUACAGAGAAGGAUAAAGAUGCCCAGGCAAUAUUUGAAAGGAGUCAAAAAGUGCAGGAGGAGCUUAAGGGCAAGGAGGAUGACAAGCUGUAUCGGGGAUUGCAUAAUUACCAGAAGUUUGUGAAACCCAAAGAUACAUCUCUGGGAAAUGCUUCCUCUGGCAUGGUGAGGAAGGGACCAAUUCGAGCCCCAGAGCAUCUGAGAGCCACAGUGCGGUGGGAUUACCAGCCAGAUAUCUGCAAAGAUUACAAAGAGACUGGAUUUUGUGGCUUUGGGGACAGCUGCAAGUUUCUUCAUGACCGUUCUGACUACAAGCAUGGUUGGCAGUUGGAGCGAGAGAUGGAAGAAGGACGUUAUGGGGGCAAUGAUGAAGAAAAUUAUGAGGUGAGCAGUGAUGAAGAGGAUCUGCCAUUUAAAUGUUUCAUCUGCAGAGAUACCUUCAAGAAUCCUAUUAUAACAAAGUGCAAACACUAUUUCUGUGAACGCUGUGCACUGCAGCACUACAGGAAAUCAAAACGAUGUUACGUGUGUAAUGUACAGACUAAUGGCGUAUUUAAUCCAGCUAAAGAUUUAAUUGCAAAACUUGAAAAACAUAAGGCAGAGGAGGAAGAUGAAAGGCAUAAGGCAGAGGAUGAAGAUGACAAUUUGCCAGAGGACCAGGGGUGAUGUCUGCAGAUCCAUUUUCAUACAUAUUGUUUUUAGAAUUGAAUAAACAUUUCUUUAAAAUAAAAAAUCACAAA